AUGGCUUAGCAAAAUGGUGAAUAAAGUUUAAGAUAAGCUAUAAGAAAUAGUUUAAGUGGCAACAUUAAUCUAUAAAAUAAAGAAGUGUUAGUCAAUAAUGAAGAAGAUAGCUUAAAAUAAAACAACUAAAUUGGAAAACUCUCAACAGUUAUUUUAAGAGGCAAUCCCGAUGAGUAGCUAGUGUCAGCGUAAAUAAAUUAGAAAAAAAAGGAAUCUAUAAAUCCUUAUAAUGGAGCAUUCUCUGAUAUAGCAGAUUAAGAAGAUAAACACUUAAAGCUUAUUAAGUAUCUGAAAGAACAAAAAAGAACUAAAAAAGCAGCUGAAUUUUUAAUUGAGCAGUUUAGUUAGUUUAGAUUCUUUAAGUAGAUUAUGAGAUAACUCUCUGAAGAUCUAUUAAAGCAGAUUAUAUUUGAAUUAAAGUUGGAAACAUAUAAAAAAUAAUAAAUCAUUUUCUAAUAUAACGACGUAGGACGUCAUAUGUAUUUCGUUUUAUCAGGGAGAGUAUCAAUUUUAAUACCUUCUAAACCAAAUAAUUCUGAAUUAAAUACUCCUAAUACUAAGAGAGGAUCCUUUUUUUUCCCUGCUGAAAAUACUACUAGUAGUAAUAGCAACAACAACAACAAUUUAAAUAGCAAUAAUACAAUAAGUAACUCAAACUCCUAAUAAAUGUAGUAAUAACUUCAGCAAUCAUAAAGCACUUUUGGAAAUAAUUCUGUAUAACCCAGUCCUAGGUUUGUAAAUUAAUAAUCAAAUUAAGGAACUCCUUAAUCUAUUUCUAAUGUAUAAAAUGCUCCUUCUUAAUUCAGCAAUCAAACUGUAUCUUCAUUCAAAGACUAUUUAUUAAAAAUGGUAGGCUUAAAUUAGUUAGAAAAUCUUAGUGAAGAGUAAGAAUUUGAAUAUUUUAGGCAAUAUAAAUUACACAAUUUUAAAUAAGUUAACACUAUCUAACCUGGAAACUCGUUUGGUGAAGUCGCUCUUGAAUAAAGAAUCCCUAGAACAGCAUCUGCUGUAACAAUAACACCUUGCUAGCUGGCAACUUUAUCAUAUGAUAGCUUUCGCAAGCUUUUAAGUAAAAUUUAUGAAAGGAUUUAAAAUGAAUAGAGAAGCUUUCUAAAGGAAAUUCCUCCAUUUAACAACUGGCCCAAUGCUGGUAUAAUGGUUAUUUACAAUAAUAGCGAAGAUAUUGAAUACUAAAUAAAUAAUGUAAUUUACAAAGAAGGCGAGAGAUGCUAAUAUGUUUAUUUUAUCAAAGAAGGAGAAAUUGAAAUUAGUAAGGUAUUUAAGAUUGACAAAUGUGAUACGAAUACUUUGUAAAAGAAGAAUAUUGUUACGAAAAGGUAAGUAAUUCAGAGAGUGGCUUAGGGUAGAAUGUUUGGGGAAUAUGAGGGAAUAUUGCAUCUUCUUGAUCCAAAGAAAAAAAAUCAUAUUCUUUUCAACAGCAAAUCUAAUGAUGCACUUCCCUUUAGAGAAACACAAGCUGUUUGCUAAACGAAAGUAAAGCUGAUGAGAAUAGAUUCACGUUUAUUUUUUUUGAAUUUUUGGGCAUUCAACAACCCAUAAGACUAAGAAUUCUUUUCAGUACAAAGAAAAAAUAUGUUGGAGAAAAUAAAUAAAAUCGAAAGCAUGAUUGAUAAUUAUUAAAAUACUAACAUUCAAAACUAAGAAAUCAAUUAAAUCAGUGAACUACUAUAGACAAAUAGUAUUUUUUAAUAAAGUAGCGAUAUUAAGAAAUUGAUGAAAGGAUCUAUUUCAACUCCAAAGCAAAAAUAUUCUAUAAGUACAAGCAAUCCUAUUAAUUUGUUUACACCUUAAAUUAAUAGAAAAAGUGAAUUAAAUCUUUAAAAUAGUUCAAAAAACAAAUCUAAUGAUACCGCUUCUUCAGAUUUAACUACUUUAAUAGGAUCACCAAUAAAUAGCUCUUAUGCAAAAAGAAGCUCUUCUAUCAACCUGAAUAUUAAUAUUUCUUCUUUAAGUCCCUCUGGAGGAGCGUAUGGGUAUUUAUCACCUUCUCAUAAUCUUUAAGCAAAUCCUCUUUUGUUGCAAGCUGCGCAAUAAAAUCAACUCCUUAAACAACCAUCUAUAUUUUAAAGGCUUAGCAAAAUAUAAAACUCUUUAUUCGAAGCUUCUUCUCCUAUAUCUGGUAGAGGAAGCGAACCGUUUACAAAUUAAGAUUCGUUUAGUUAAAAGUAUUCAUAAAACUUAGAUACGGUUUCUCCAAGAAAAAGUUGUGUUCAUUUACAGGUAUCUCAAAGAAGUUAAAAAAGACAUAAAACAUUAACAAUUUAAAACUAAAUUCCAAAUUCCCCUAGCCUCUAAUCAUCUCCAACACAGAAUUUAUAGAGCAGUUAAAUUUAGACUCAUGCUCUAUCUCCAAAUAUCUAUCCGAGUAAAUAAAAUCCAUAAUCUCCUGCUUAAAUUUAAUAGAUAAAUAAUGAUACCUCAGAAAUUAACAGUUAACUUUAGACACCAGCACUAUCAAGUACACACACACUAUAAAACUAAGUUUAAGAGAAUAAUUCUAGUCUUUAAAUGUAAAGUAGCACAACUAAAUAACUAUAGCAAACUCCUGUAAGAAGUUCUUUAACCUUAAAUUUACCUAAUUCAACAAAUAAUAAUAAUAAUCAUUCACAUAGAUAGAAUAUAUUUGAUAGUUUAAAGCCUCAUACUGCUAGAGGUAGCUCUGAGUAAUCUCAUCUAAACAGUAAUAAAAAAGAAUCAAAUGUUUUACUGCUUGAUUAGCCUUUAAAAAUAUUUUAAUUAAAAGAUUCAAGAAAGUUGAAAGUACUCAAAAAGGAUAUUGAAGAUAAAUUUUAAUAGUGGAGAGAUUAAGAUAAUGGUAAAAAAAUAAUAAGGAAAAAAAAGAGUUUAAGCAUUAAAAUGAAUAAUUAAGCUACUUCAAUUAUUAAUUAAAUCUAACAUUAAUCAUCGCUCAAAAAUUUAUAAUUAGACUUUAAUUCUUUGAAGUCAUUUUUUGAUUCUUAAAAUAAACCUCAUUCUAUAUAAACUGAGAGAAAUGAGCAGAAAAAAAUAAAUGAGAUAACAGAGGAAUAUCCUGAAUAGAAUUAGACUUACCAACAAAAACUUAAUUAAAAUUAUGAUUAAAAAUCUUCAAUAUUUAAACAGCUUUAACCCAAAUCAUAAAAUGCUUCAGAGUUUAUUCAUAUAUUGAGAAAAAGCAAAAGAAAUCCCUCAGCUAUUUUCAGCAGCCAUCAAAAGUAAACUCAAGAUUAAAAUAACUCUCAUAAUUAAGAGCAGAAUUUAUAAAAUAAAAGUAUGAAUAACUAUUCUCCUCAAUAAACAUAAAAUGAAUUAACUUAAACUGCAGCAAUUUAGCAUUUCUUACAUAAUCUACAUAUGGAGGCUCAGACUCCUUUAAAAAUAACCUCAAAUAGUCAAGAAAGGCCUGUAAUUAUGAAUGAAGUUAUUUAAUAAAAUAGAAGUGACUCUAACUAGAAUUAAAAACUGAAAAUUCGCCCUCUUUUAUCUCCUUAAACGAGAUAGUAUAGUGAAAAUAAACUUAGUAAAACAGGUUAAAGAUUUUACAAAUUUUAGUUAGAUUUGAAAUAAUAACAGGAAUAAAGCUAAAAAAGAUAAAUCUAAUCUUAGAAAUCAAAUAGAAAAUCUGAUGUAUAUUCACCAAUGCAUUUAGAAUAGUAAGAACUAAUAAGCAAUCUAAUAAGUGAAGCUACUCUUCAUUAAAAUUAAGUGUAAGAGUAAUUAAACCAAAACAAAAUAAAUAAAAUGAUAAAUUACAGCAAAACUUUUAAUUAAGUUAAUUAAAAUAGUUAUAGAUUCGCUAGUAGCCUAACUAAUUUAAUACCAAGUAAUUUAACCACAAAUAAUGGGUAAACAUCGAUAAUGGAGUUUACUUAAAAUCACACAGAAUUAACUUAACCAACUUAAGCUAAUCUUUAAAGUAUAAGCCAAAAAUAAAUUAAUUAAUAGUAAAGUCUUUAGUAUUUAGAUUAGUCUCCUAUAAAAUUGAAUAGUAAUAGCUUAUUUAACAUCAACUAACUAGUGAGAAGUCCUUCAUAACCUAUCUUAGCUAUAAAUAUUUAAUCUGAAAUUUUUAAUUAAAUGAACAAUCAAAAAGAUGAAAAAAAUUAAUAAUCAAAUAGAUAAUUUCUUGUUUCCCCGCUUUAAGGAAUCACAAGAUAAUUGAAUGCUAAAAAGUAUUCUCCAUUUAAAUCGAUAAAUUCUUUGGAACAAGCAUCAAAGCUUCCACCUACUAUCAAAAACUAAAACCAUCCUAAUCAACAUAAAAAUAAGAGGAUUAUUUUCAAAAGUGUAGAUUUAACAACUAGAGAUGAAAAAAUCCACUCAAAUUAAAUUAAAAAUAAUCAAAUUAUUUAACCAAAUUUAAUUAAUUGCCAAUAAAUUUAACAAUAAAAAUUUAAUUGA